AUGGCCGCAUCUCCUCGUACCGAAACCGAACCCCUCCUUCCCCACAAUCUCGAGAGCCAGAUUUCGAACAAGAUAUUGAAAUCCUGCGAACACGGCAACCACGCAACUAGCCGUGGGUACUGGGCAAGUAUUAAAUUCUUUCUCCGUCAGAUCAUCGGCCAUGAUGAGAAGAAGCGUUCCAAUGUCGGUAUACAAGCUCGGAUGGUCUCUGACGCCAUCAUCGGACUCUCGGAUGGCCUCACUGUCCCCUUUGCGCUCACUGCUGGCUUGUCUUCCGUCAGUGGCAUUACUGCGCGAACCGUUAUUUUUGGUGGAUUGGCGGAGUUGAUCGCGGGGGCUAUCUCGAUGGGACUUGGCGGGUAUCUCGGUGCACGUAGUGAAGCCCAAUCAUGGAAUGAGACCAAGAGAAGAGAGAACCUCCGCAUUGCCACUGAGCCAGAGAUGGCAGUUGCGGACGUCAAGGCCAUCUUCGCAUCCUAUGAUAUUACUCCAGGCACUCUCGAUGCUCUUGUCAAUCAGCUAUCGGCGUCCCCCAAGUUUGUUGAGUUUAUUAUGGAGUUUCAUCACGGCACGCCGGAGCCAGCUUCUUCUCGAGCACUGCAGUCGGCUUUCACAAUUGCGCUCGGAUACAUGUUAGGUGGUAUUAUUCCCCUGGUCCCCUAUUUCUUUGUCGGGCAAGAUGGCCCAGAUCAGAUCUUCCUCGCGCUAUGGAUAUCAGUUGGCGUGAUGGCUUUCGCCCUGUUCGUCUUUGGAUAUGUGAAGAACUGUGCCUUCUCGGGCUGGGCUGGUUGGCGAUGCGUUAAGCAGGGUAUCUACGGGGGCGGACAGAUGGUAAUUGUAGGUGGAUCCGCUGCGGGAUCGGCAGUUGCCUUGGUGAGGCUCUUCGACGGACUGGGAGAGUCUUGA